UGCUUUGAAAGUUCGAAAGGGAGGGGGGGAGAAAAGCUAGGGUUGGGGUUAGGGUUCGUGAAAAAUAUUCCACCAUCGGAGCCCCGAAUUAACUCCAGAAUGGAUUCCGAUCUGGUCUAGAGAUCUGGCGUCAAUCGAUCGCUGGAAAUGGAGCGGCUCUUGAAGAAGAUGCUCCCCGCUGGCGCUCCGCCGCUGGCCGUGGACUCCGCCGACUACCCCUUUGCCAUCGAGUACCAUGGCCCCCCGGUUCCAUAUGACAUCCCCGAGGUUAUCCCCAUCGAGAUCGGGCGGAUCCCCGUCGUCCCGUCCCUACCGUCCCCAGGCCCGCUGAAGAAGCGCUCCAAGAUCGGGCGACUCGCCGUCGACCCGGCCGGCGCAUCACCUACCUCUGUCAUCGAGAACCACACAGCGAUGGACCGCCUCGACUCCGUCGAGGUUCGCAGCUCCGGCGCGCUGGGGUCUGCCGCGUUCCCCGACCGCUCCGCGGAGCUCUCGGAUGGUAUUAUUGACAGCUCCGGCGCGGUGGGAUUCAAGGAGGUCGAGGGGUUCGACGGUUCCUCGGAGGGUAUUGAUAGCUCCGGUGUGCUGGGGUUCUCCGGCGAGGUCAAGGAGGGCGAGGGGUUCGAGGGUUCUUGGGAGGGCACCGGCAGCUCCGGCGUGGUGGGGUUCUCCAGCGAGUUCAAGAAAGGCGAGAGAUUGGAGGGUUCGCCGGACGACACGGUUCAUGGCAGGGUUUUGACGGAGUCGGCUCUCAGCUCGGAGUCUGAAUUCCGGUCGUCGGCCUUGGGGGAUGAUGAGGCCCUUAAUCCCGAGGCAAAGAGAGCUGUGGUCGUGACGUUCCAAGACUCCGCCCGGUCCAGUGGCCCGGCUUCCCUGGCGAUUGGAUUAUCUCCUCGGGGGAGGAGGGUAAAGAAGGAAGCAUGCUACCAAUGCUUGAAAGGGAGCCGAUUCACAGAAAAGGAGGCUUGCUUGGCUUGCGACGCAAAGUACUGCAGUGGAUGUGUACUGUGGGCGAUGGGCUCCAUGCCGGAAGGGAGAAAGUGUGUUUCUUGCAUUGGGUCUUCGAUAAUGGAGACUAAGAUGGAGAAAUUGGGGAAGCCCUCCCGAAUGCUUAAGAGAUUACUGAGUUCGUUGGAAGUCCAGCAGGUGAUGAGGUCUGAGAUGGACUGCGAGGCGAACCAGCUAAGACCAGACGAUAUUUGUGUGAAUGAGAAGAAACUUACCCAAGAGGAGAUGGUUUUGUUGCAGAGCUGUCCGUGCCCGCCCUCUAAGCUGAAGCCAGGAUACUAUUGGUAUGAUAAAUUCUCGGGAUUUUGGGGAAAGCAAGGACACAAACCUCACAAGGUCAUCAGUCCAAAUCUGAAUGUUGGGGGCAAUAUUAUGAAAAAUGCAAGCAAUGGGAACACUGGAGUCUUGAUUAAUGGACGAGAGAUUACAAAAGUUGAGCUGCGGAUGCUUAAGUGGGCAGGAGUUCAAUGUGCCGGGAAGCCUCACUUUUGGGUGAAUGCUGAUGGGACAUACCAGGAAGAGGGGCAGAAGAAUAUAAAAGGCCAGAUUUGGGGGAAGCCUAUACUAAAGCUGCUUGGCCCUGUUUUAUCAUUGCCUAUUCCUAGUAAUCCAUCAAAUCUUUCUGGUGAAGAAGUGAAUAACAUGGUCAAUAGAGCUGUUCCUGACUACCUUGAACAAAAGACACUCCGGAGGCUUCUUUUGGUUGGGGAUCAGGGAUCAGGGACAAGUACCAUAUUUAAACAGGCCAAGUUCUUGUAUGGAAGUGUUCCUUUCUCAGAGGAUGAGCGUCAAGAUAUUAAGCUUGUGAUACAGAGAAACAUAUAUAACUAUCUUGGAAUACUACUUGAGGGGCGUGAAUGGUUUGAGGAAGAGAGUUUGACUGACAAAAGGAAAAGCAAGCAAUUUCAUUCUUCAGGCCCAGAAAACAAUGGAUCAGAUGAACAUGAUAUGACAGAAUACUACAUCAGUCCACGGCUGAAAGCAUUUUCUGAUUGGCUUCUCAAAAUUAUGGCUUCUGGUAACCUUGAAGCUGUUUUCCCAGCUGCUACUCGCGUAUAUGCCCCAUUAGUCGAGGAAUUGUGGAAUGCUGCUGCUAUUCAAGCGACAUAUAGGCGGAGAAAUGAACUACGAUUGCUCCCUAGUGUUGCCAGUUAUUUCUUAGAGCAGGUUGUUGAUAUAUGUAGAGUGGAAUAUGAACCCUCCGAUAUGGAUAUCCUCUAUGCUGAUGGAAUAACUUCAUCCAAUGGACUAGCAUGCACAGAUUUCUUUUUUCCAUGCUUGGCUGGUGAUGGAAAUGGCAAUGAUGUUGAUGAUCAUCUUGACACAUUACUGAUAAGGUAUCAACUCAUCAGACUGCAUACAAAAAGCUUGGGAGAGAAGUGCAAGUGGCUGGAUAUGUUUGAAGAUGUUAGGCUUGUUAUCUUCUGUGUUGCCUUAAGUGACUACGAUGAGUACUUUGAAGAUGCAAAUGGAGUGGGUAUAAACAAGAUGAUGGAGAGCAAGAGACUCUUUGAAAGCAUUGUUGGUCAUCCAGCCUUGGAUCAGAUGGAUUUCCUUUUGAUUCUCAACAAAUUCGAUCUGUUGGAGCAGAAGAUAGACAUGGCCUCCCUCACCUUGUGCGAAUGGUUCGAUGACUUCAAUCCAGUGGUAAGUCAUAACCGCCCCAAUAACAAUAACAGCCGCAACAUCAGCAAUGGUGCCACCAUGGCUCAGCAGGCCUUUCACUACAUUGCUGUCAAAUUUAAGAAGUUAUUUUAUUCUCUUACGGGGCGAAAAUUGCAUGUCACUUUAGCAAAUGGGCUGGAUUUAGAUUCAGUAGAUGCAGCACUCAGAUAUGCAUGGGAGAUUCUGAAGUGGGAAGAUGAGAGGCUGGCGUUUGGUGAAGCAGUUGAUAGCACAGAGCCUAGCUCCUAUUCUCAAUGAUGGUCGGAGGGGGAAAUGUCUGUAAAUAGAUCUGGUUUUUCAUUUUUUUUCCCCCACUGUCCCCCUUACACUCUAGAUGUCUUUCAAUUGGAUACAUUAUUUGUAAUAAUGUAAUUGAAGAGGUGAAAGCCUCCUCAAUCCUCCUGUCUUCUUGUAACCAUCCCCAAGGAAUAUUUAGCGUCUUGACAAUUGCAGCAUAGAUUACUUCAGUUUCCCAUCUCAGCAUAAUCCAGACUACUGAUAGCUUAA